AUGGUUAUCAAUGGCAACAAUGAUGAAGAAAUGGGGAGGUAUCGGUCGCUUGUGAUUGAGCAUCCGGAUGAUCCAAUAGACGAUUCAACACAGACGACUCUACUUCCGAUGGACGAGUUCUCUGACGACAGCUCCCCUCCAACCCCGCGUUUCAUGCAAGACCAAGGCUCGUACAAACACAUAAAAUGGGUGCCUGUGCGGAUACGAAGGGUCAGUAGGGCAGCAGCAAUAUGGGCGAAAGGACCAGAUCCUCCACAUAUACAUACUAUUACCCCAAUAUUUCAAUCUAUACAAGAAUAUCCAAUUCAACUUCUGGAUCGGUUCCUGCCAAAGAGGAAGCAUAGGAUAUCUGCUUUGGUUGCUCUAUAUUCUGCAUGGAUCUUGACCUUUGCCUUGGUCAUGCGAGGAAGUACUUUUGCAACAGAGAUUGAAGGAUGGGGAGCCCCGUCAAAUAUUGGAUGUGGCAAUACAUACUGGGUACCAGGGAAUAGAUGCGGUUUGAAUGGGAACGAUUGUCGACCGUUCAACGGUAGCGGGUUCGCCUUCAGAUGCCCCGCGGAUUGUGCUAGCACCUGGAUCCUCAAUCCCCGGGCGGUUGGAGCAACUCAGGUCAACUAUCGGCCUUUGGUCAUAGGCGGUCCUUCGGAUGACGACCAAACACCUAUUUAUCGAAGCGACUCCUUCAUCUGCGCCUCAGCUAUUCAUGCUGGAGUCAUCAGUAAUAGUGAAGGCGGCUGUGGUGUGGUGUCUCUGGUUGGCGGGCACAGCAAUUAUCCCGCGUCGGAGCGACAUGGCAUAAAAAGCAUCGGGUUUGAUUCGAACUUUCCCUCCUCAUUCACAUUUCAUUCUGGGACGACUUGCAAGGCUAAAGAUGCGCGCUGGCAGCUGCUCAUUGUCUCGUUAGCUUUCUCUAUAACAAUAUCUUUAUUCACGACAUCACCUGGUGUGUUCUACUUCAGUAUAUUUACUGGGCUUUUUUGGCACGUUGGGAUGGCGUCAGAUCCUCCAUGGCACGCCAGCAAAGCGGACCUGUUUUCGAAUAUUUUGGGGAAAUUUCUUCCUGGGGCAUUUUGUGCUGUAAUUAUCUAUCGAUACAUGGGUGUGCGACGUACACUUACUGGGCUCACUGCUCAGGUUGAAAAGACUAUCCUGUGGCUCGGAGGAUGCUGGUUCGGGGCCCUUUCCAAUCAUACUCUUGAUUGGAUACCUAUUCAACGACUCAAUGCUCCUGACCUCAAACAACAACCUGGAGCUAUCUUGGCACUUUGUAUCAUCGUUGGCCUCAUAUUUCUUAUAGUCGUGUCACAGAUUUUCUACUUCCGUCGUGAAGGACGUCUUAUUCGGUACCUAGGUGUCUACGGGAUGUUUAUCGGGGCAAUUAUCAUAUCCCUUGCGCUACCUGGCCUGAGUCUCCGUAUUCACCACUACAUUCUUGCCUUACUUUUUCUUCCAGGAACGAGUAUGCAAACGCGGCCGGCACUUCUGUACCAAGGCAUUCUCAUGGGCCUCUUCAUCAACGGCAUUGCACGCUGGGGAUUCGACCCCGUCCUCCAAACGCCAGACGCGCUCCAAGGCGAUGCUCAGCAUCAUUCCAAACUUCCUAUCAUAUCAUCGCCUUCCAUUACCCUCGCAGAAAACUUCUCAACCAUAGCCUUCUCCUGGCUUGCUCCGCCGGACCCCUUCGAUGGGAUAUCCGUCUUGGUGAACGAUGUAGAGCGUUUCAGAGGAUACACCGACGAAGGACUUGAUAGUGACAAACAGUUUACUUGGAAUAAAGACCCUAAAGCGGAAGAACCGGAAUAUUUCCGCUUUGCUUAUAUGGAGGGAAGCUCGACCUGGGAUUAUACAAAGGCCGGGACUUGGGGUCCUGAUGGCGGCUGGAUAGAGAUGGCACCGGGGCCGAGUAAGGUAAAGAGUCGGCGAACAGCUGAAGAGGGUGUUGUUUUAAUGCACGCAGAUAUGUAG